GAGCGAGCCUUUAAAAGCGAGGCCUCAGGCUGGUUUGUGUUGUUGGACGACAUCAUGGUGUCAAAGAAACUACUCCUCUUGGGCUCUGCUCUUUUCCUCGCUGCCCUCAUCUCACACGGUGAGGGGAUCAUGGGUGGUAGGGAGGCAGUGCCGCACUCUCGGCCGUAUAUGGCCUCCAUCCAGGUCCAAGAAGGGGAGAACCUGAAGCACGAAUGUGGAGGUUUUGUGAUCGCGGAUCAGUGGGUGAUGACGGCCGUGCACUGCAUGCCUAACGGACCAAAUGGAAGGAAGGUAGUGCUGGGUGCCCAUUCUCUUAGUGAACAUGAGAGUACAAAACAAAUCUUUGAUAUUUUGGAGUUAUACAAUCAUCCUGACUUCAGCAGCUUAAAUUAUGAUAAUGACGUCGCUUUGAUUAAGUUGGACCGUCCGGUUAAUAUCUCUGACGCUGUUGCAACAGUAAGUUUCCUGCGAGCGGGCGGCGGUACAAACCCCGAUCCUGGCGCAGAGGUGGAGACGGCCGGCUGGGGAUCCUUGGACAACUUGGGGUUGAGGCCAGACAAGCUCAAAGAGGCGUUCAUCGAGGUGCUGAGCUUCAGUAAAUGCAGACGCGCCGACUACUUCGGCAGAAAGUUUACCGACAACAUGAUAUGUGCGCACAAAUUGGUCCAGGACAACUGCGGUAACUCUCCACGGAUUGUGGACAGCUGUGAUGGAGACUCUGGAGGGCCUCUGCUCUACAACGGCGUUGCAGUUGGCAUCACCUCCAAUGGUGGAAAAAAGUGCGGCCAGAUUAAAAAGCCUGGAAUUUACACCAUCAUCUCCCACUACACCGAGUGGAUCGACAGCACCAUGGGGGUCCAGACGGCUGCAGAACCCGACCAGAGCAGUUAAAUGGAAGAGAAAACAAAAAGUGGCAUUCUGCCACCGAGUCGCUGGUUACAGAAGUGCAAAUCAUGUGAAACUGAAAACUGAUUGUAUCCCUCUUGUUUUUAAUUAAAGAAUAAAAUACAGCUCAU